AUUGAACUUUCCUCAACGAACUUUAAAGCGAACACAAACAAUGGAGAGGAAGAUGCGAACACAACUAAAGAAUUCGAGGGGAUUUUCAAAACAGGUAUGGUCGAUAAGGAAGCUAAAUUGCUUGAGAAUCAGCUGAAACAUCUCCAAAAUAGAAAAAGAAACAAAGAACUGGAACUUAUGGAGCAUUUUAAAAGUGAUACCGAAAAUCUUCUGCUCGACGAAAUUACUCUCCAGUCGCUACUGCUACGAGAUUAUGAACAGUUCAUCAAAGAUGAAAGGGAAAGGAAUGCAAAGGAAUUUGAAUCGUUAUCAAGUACCCCUUCGACUUUACCGAAAGUUGAAUUGUAUGAUGUUGGUAAAGAGCGGCCAGUAUCUGCUGUCGAACUCCGAAAUAUCCAGGAUAAUAAUGUGUGUUUAGAAUCAAUUAUUGAUUUAGUACAUCCAGUUAGUGAGCAAAUGAAAUACGCGAGAGAAAUGAAGUCAAAUGGUAUGAGUAUUUGGGAUAUGGAGUCAACAAUGUCCGAUACAAUACAUUCAUGUCAAAGAAAUCAUUCUGCUGCAUCUCUCUCGUCGUUUUAUGAUGGUUUGGACAGAAAAUUUGAUAAUAUACAUUCAUUAAAGUUUACUGAACCUGACUUGAAACCAGAGAUGAAAGCCAGUGACUAUACUGUCCAUUUUCCUCAUCAAUAUUGCAAUCACGAUUCAGAUUUAAAAGAUUACAAAACAUCUGGACCUGUAUUACCUGACUCCGUCCGCUACAAGUGGACUGACGAUGGUUUUGGCAACAGGACGUACUUAAAAAAGCGAAACCCAAUAGAAAAAAAAUCACAUUCGUCUCAAAGAUCGUUUUCUCCUUUACUUGAUUGCGAUGUUUCCAUGGUUACAGGAGAGCGGGGCUUGGAUGAAAAAACACUGGCAUCCAUGAUAGUUAUAAGGCAUUUAGGAAGCAAAGAUCGACGCAGCGACAACGUGUUUUCCACUCGAUCUUAUCCUGUUUAUAAGUUGGACGAAUCUGUUCAUUUUCAUCCAUCUUUGGAAGACUCAAGUGAGGAGGGGGACAAAUCUCGACACAACGUCGAAUAUCUUCCUUUCUGGAAGCAGAUACUUGCUAAAAGAGCUGUUGCAGCUCAAGAUACUUCUAAAGGAGAGAAGUUGAAUGCAGAUUGCAGAAUUGAUGUAAAGGAGAAAAGAAGUGAAAAAUGUUCAACUCAACCUCAAAACGUCUUGAGAGAAAUGUUUUCUAAUCUCUCUCCCCAAAAAAGAGAAAAUUACAAUGUGGGUACCAGCUCUCUCAGUGUAAGGGCACGAUCUAUAUCACCAGUACCAAGGCGACGACAAUUUCCAACACCAAAUAAUAACGCAUCACGUCAUCUACGACCUGCUCCGAGUCCUACCCCGACUCACAGUCGACCUACAUCAGCAAGACGUUCUGAUAAAGAUAACAUAUCGUCUGCCAACUUCUCGUUGGAACUUAUGGAUGACUACAAACGUCAACGUGAAAUAUGGGCAGCAAUUAACAUCCAAAGAAUUUUUCGUGGUCAUAUAUCACGGAAGUAUGUAAAGUCUCUCAAGCAAGCGAAGAAGGAUCGCUUAAGAAAAGCAGCAGUAGCCUUACAGAGCACAUUUCGUGGAUAUUUGGCGCGAAAAAGAUUAAUGAAGGAAAACUUGCGGAAUUAUAAACCAAGCGUGCGUGAUUUGCUAUGGGCUAGACAAUAUAAAGAAAAACUUAAAGAAAAGGAAAUGAUGAGGCAGAGAAAGAAUAUGGGUAUUUUACGAAAGCUAAACAGAGAAUUUGAAAAACAUCAAGAACAAAUUUCUAGUGUUACUGCUUCAGACAUGAUUCGUGUUAUCUUUAACCCUCCAAAACCUUCAAAAUCUCAAAUGAAAGCAGCUGCAAUAACCAUACAAAGAUAUUUUCGUGGUUGGUUUGUUAGAAAAUCAUUGUCUACUGUGAAGAAAAGGGUUUUGAAGCGAACUUUUUCUUUCUCAAAGUUUAUUAAAUCUUAUCAAAACCUCAUUCACCGGAUUCAGAAACGAUACAAAUAUGAUAGUCCAUCUUCUACAUUACAGUUUCACGAACUUGAAGAGUAUGUCGACAGAUUAUUUAAAUAUGAAAUCGCUUUUGGUAAGAUAGCCGAGAAUGGAAUUUUGAGGUAUGAAGAUGUUUUAAGAUAUUUUAACGAAUGCGGACACAAUCCAUCGGAAAAAGAAGUACACGAUGCGAUUACUAUGGUGAUGAAAGAUACUUCAAAAGAACGAGGUUUGAGAAAGGCUGAAGCAGUUGAAGUCGUAUUCCACAUAUAUAUACCUAAAGGCACAGGACUUACUUUGGCUGAUGUUCGUAAAUCGUCCUGGAUGAACCCUCUCGUUAAUGGACAAGACGUAAAUAAAGUUCUCAGCAAAAAGGACUUAAAAUUUACUAGCCUAGACAAAGUUUUUAAAAUGAUUGCUGACUCGCGAAAAGAACGCAGUCUAGCUGAGGAAUCAACACGAGAUCCUCACUCUCAGAUAGUGUAUCAUGCUAACAAGAAGAGAGAAAAUCCUUUUCUUGAAAGUGGAAAGAAACGGUCACAGCAAUCGUUAGGCAAGUCUGCGGGAGGAGGAAAUGAUACUAUUUCUCAUCGCCUACAUGUACCAAGCAAACCAAACGAAAAGAAGCAAUCUGGAAAAAGAAGACCAGGGAAAUGAAAGAAAUGAAUUUUCUUAUGGAAUCUUUGUUUUGUCCAAGAGAUUUUUUUUCCUUUUUGAGUGAAUCAUGAAGAAAUUCUGGUGUGUGGGAUGCUUCCAGGCUGUUGUCAUUCGUAAAUAUACAUACAUUGUCUGUAUAAAAAAAUUAUUACAAAUUUCAUUUAUUAGAUUGUUAGCUUUCUAUUUUCUGUAAUGUUUGGUUUAUUAUAUAAGAUGAUGGCGUA